UGAUUUUUUUUGUGAUUAAUUGAAUCUUUUAUCAUUUUGACGAUGAAAUGGAGCAUAUAUCGUAUUCUUUUAUGAAAAGUUGAUUCCUUUUUGUACAAUGUGCCAUGUUUUGAUAUUCUAUUAUUUUUGUUUUACUUUAUGUGAUAAAUAAUUGAUUAUGUAAUAUUUUAAUGGGUUAAGUCAUAUGUGAAAGUAAAACUAAGGUCUUAUAUAUUUAGUUAUUCAUUUAAGUCUUAAAAUAAAUUAAUAGUUAAUGACUUAAUUCUUUAAUCUUAUGUAUUUUACCGGGUUGUUGAUAUGGUGAUUGAUUCUAAUUCACAUUGAUUGAUACUCGAUCAAUUAUUAUUCAUUGAGGAUAAUGACUUGUAGUGCAUCAAGUAAGCCAACUGAUCCAGGUUGGAAGUAUGGAACUUGUCCAAAUCCUCUUAACAAGAAUAUGAUCGAGUGCAAGUUUUGCAAAAAUUGUUAUAAUGCUGGCAUCGACAGAUUGAAAAAAGCAUUUAGCCGACAUCAAAGGGGAUGUGGCGUCAUGCACUCUAGUGCCUGCUGAGGUAAGGAGAGAGAUGCUAGGGAACUUGGAGGGGGUAAAAGCCAAGAAACAUGAGGUAAGAAUAACACGAGAUGAACUUGUAAGGGCUGUAGAUGUUCUUGGAGUUCGAAGCGAGAAAGAAGACAUGUAUACUAAGGUUGGUUCUUCUAGUAGGCCAAGAACAAGAGGUCCUAUGGAUGCUUUCUUGCCCCGCCCUAAUCCUGAGGUACUACCACGAGAAUGGGGUCAAACAACUUUAGGGACCCAUUUUAGGUAGGACGAAAGAGAAAGGGUCAUCCAAUAUGUGGGGAGGUGGAUGUUCCAAGCAGGUUUUUUUGUUUAUGCUGCUAACUUGAGUAGCUUCUAGUUAGGGCCAGUUUGGGCUAGGGUUGAGGGCUUCAACAGCUUAUGACCUUAAAGGGCCAAUACUCAGGAAAGAAGUGGAGCUAAUGAAUAACUUUUUUAAGAUCCACACUUAUGCGUGGGGUGUAUAUGGUUGUACAAUAAUGAUCGAUGGCUGGAAUGAUAAGAGGUACAUAAGCAUCAUGAAUUUGAUGGUGAAUUGUUCCAUUAGGGAAAAUGUUCAAGAGGUCUAUUGAUGCUUCAGACAAGUUCCAUGAUGCAGAGUUCAUUUUUAAUUUGGUGGACCAAUGUAUAGAGGAGAUAGGGGGGUAAAGUGGUCCAAGUUGUGAUUGAUAUGUAUUCGGCUACUAUGGUGGCUGAUAGAUUAUUAAUGGACAUGGGGUCACGUAUUUUUUGGGCCCGUUGUGUAGUACACUGCAUAAACCUUAUGCUUGAGGCCAUUGAUAAGAGGAAGACGUUCAUGACAACCAUCGAAAAGGCAAAGAAAGUCAUAGUUUAGUUGUACAAUCACGCUCAGGAAUACAUUUUAGUAUUAUACUAGUUUCUUGCGAACAGAGACUUGGUGUGGCCUGAGGCGACUAGAUUUGCCACCUCGUACUUGUCCUUACAAUAUUUAUUUGAGUACAAGGAAAGAUUGAGGUCCAUGUUUGUGUCUAAGGAUUGGACCAAGUCCAAGUGAUCUAAGAAAGCUGAUGGAAGAGUUUUUAUGGACAUUAUCAUGGACUCAAGAUUUUGGAUCAAGUUCUAGUACGUCUUGUUACUCUUUCUCCCUAUCAAGAUGGUUGAUGCUGAGAAGAAACCUGUUAUGUGGCAUAUCUAAAAAGCCAUGCAGGAUGCAAAGGAAGAAAUCAAGAGCUCUUUGGGGGAUGACAAGAGGUCUGGGGAGUUUUUGAAGAUUAUGAAGACAACUGGAACUCCCAGCUUGAGAGGCCCCUACACUUAGCAGGAUACUACCUUAACCUUGCUCACUUUUACACUAAUGCUGGCAGGCCCGAGUUCAUGGAUGCUUUCAACCAGUGCAAUGUGAAGCUCAACGCUGAUCCUGAAGUGCAAGAUAAGGCAAUGAUGAAGUUAGAUUGUAUAUGCUUGCUACUGGAUCUCUAGGUAAGGAGGUGGCAGUCAAGCAAAAGUCCAAGAUCCCUCCUGGUGCAUGGUGGAUGGGCCAUGGUGGAAGCCCCCCUCAUUUGAGGCAGAUGGCCAUGAAAAUACUAAAUAUGACUUGCAGCUCUUCUGGAUGUGAGCCCAACGUCAGCGCCUUUGCAAUGGUGCAUACAAAGAAGAGAAACAUAUUAGAGAAAAGACAACUGAACGACCUAGUCUUUGUUCAAUAUAAUCAAAAGUUGCAAGAGCGUCAUCCACAGCUCGAGCACGAUCAAAGGGAGGCUAUUGAAGCUUUUGGUAUUGAUGACGCAUGUGAGUGGCUGGUCGAUGCCAGUGAUGAUGAGGUUUUCCUUGGAGAGGGCUUGAUCUGGGGCUAGGUUCGUCAGGCUGCUAGGACAGCAAUGCCCCCUGCGUAUGACUUGGGCUCAAACUCAAAGCCAAAGGAAGGGGAAGGAGAAGACCUAGCAAAGGAAGGCAGUGAUCAAGAAGAGGAAGUGGGUGAUGACAUCAAGAGAGGAUGAUGAAGAGGAAGAAGUAGAUUCAGAGGAGAUGAGGGAUGACACUCAAUAUGUUGAGGAGGGCGAUGACUUUGAUGAUGAUGGCAUGGCAACAUUAUCAUCAAAUGCUCCUCAUGAUCCAAUUGAACACCCUGCAUGGUACCCAUAGAGUUGUGCCAAAUGCCAUAGAGUUGUUUGGUUGAUGACUUGAUGUAUUUGUCUUUUGAUUUUGCCUUGUUGAGUUUGUGUAUCAUUUCUAGUCUAAACUUCUAGUUUCCUACAAUAACAUUUGGGAUUUCAAGCAUUUUAAUGCCUUACAACUUACAAGUUACAAACUUACAAGAGAGUUGUAUCA